AUGGACCGACUGACUGGGGCUCAAAACUGGUCCGUCGUCAGCUACGUGAACUCGCACGUUAGGGACCCAGCAGAUGCAAUUAAUCUGAUCCCAUAUAUCUUUUCCACGAAUAAUAAUAUCCAGCUAUACAACAAUAUAUCUAUUCACUCCAACGUGAUCCCCUCUGCCACAGCAUUCCAUGUCCUAACAAAUGAAGGCGGGGAUAUCCCACCCUCCGAGUUCGCUGUUCUCAAUCCUGAUAAGAUAUACAGCGACGCCGUCGCCGAACUGGUGGAUGCGCUACAGCAAAAUAUCGAUGAAGGGUUUAAAAAGCUCAUGGAAUUUGACCAGCUGUCCGUCCGGGCAUACCUUUUGCAGAAAGGUUUUACCAACGCGCAAAUUAACUGGCUAGAGACUAUUGAGGAAGGAACAUUGACCUUUGAUAAAUCCUCCCUUGCCCAGGCAGUCAUCGACCAAUGGAUAUUCACGGCUGCUCCUCUGGAUUCUUGGGUCACGGUCAAUGGCGGAUUCGAGCGACUGAUCAAUGGACUUUUGAAAGUUCUACAUAAGCCGCCAAAACUACUCAGCCGCGUGACUGCCAUCAAACCUGGACGAGCGGAUUCCCUGACUGUUGUCGUCAACCAUACAUCUGAGCAUUCUUAUGACCAUGUAAUCAGCACAAUCCCACUCGGAGCAACAAGGGUCCUUGACACAUCCACUUUGCCAGAUCUAUAUUACAAUACCACAAUGGCGUGGCGCACUCUAGCCUACGAUGAUGCAGGCAAAAUUGGCAUUUGGUUUAAGACGCGGUGGUGGGAGAACCCCGAUGUGUUGGCUGCUCCUUUCAUUGGCGGACAAUCGUCGACAGACCUUCCAAUCCGACGCUGCAUUUACCCAUCCUAUGGGCUUGGUGUCCCCGAUGCUCCAGGGACAAUGAUCGCGAGCUAUACAUGGAGUCAAGAUGCUGAUCGACUAGCCUCCUUUUACCAAAGUGCAGAACAAGAAGAAUUUAUAACACACGUAGUCUUGAAGGAUAUGGCACGCCUACAUAAUGUAUCCAUGUCAUUUCUCCAGGACCAGCUAGUGGAAGCACAUUUGUGGGACUGGUAUAGUCAACCAUACUCAGUCGGUGCUUAUGCUCUCUUUUCGCCCGCGCAACUUUCGGAUGUCCUCCCGCCCUUGAUGCGGCCGAGUUGCCACGGAAGACUACACACCGCGGGUGAAGCUACGAGUAGUGGUCAUGCGUGGGUUAUUGGAGCAUUGAACUCGGCGUAUCGUGCUGUUAUGGAGGUCUUGGCUGUUGAAGGCAGAAAAGAUCUGAUAGAGAAGAUGAUAGAAAUAUGGGGAUCGAUAGAUGAGGUGGAUAUGGGCUGGUUCGAGUCUCCAAAUCCGUAG